ACGAAUACAGUUUUGGUCACCGGAAGCAGCGGCUGCAUCGGUCAGCAUGUAGUGAAAUUGCUGCAAGAGAAAGACCCGAACACGAAGAGCCUCGUUCUCUUCGAUUUGCUGCCCUAUGAGAAUAAUCUGGAACACGCGACCCCGAAGCCCAUGAAGGAGAUUCGAGGGGAUCUCGCGAACGCGAGAGACGUGGCCAAAGCUUGCGAGGGUGUAGAUUGUGUGAUCCACUGCGGGGCCCUGGUGGACAUCUCGAUUUUCCCGGACAAGUGUGCCCUCGAGGCAGUCAACGUUGAAGGGACUAGGAACGUCAUCAACGCGUGCAUCGAACAAAACGUUCCAUACCUCGUUUUCACAUCCACGGCGUAUACGGUUAUCGGCGCUAAUCACAUUUUCUACGGGACCGAGACUACGACAUUCAAACCGAGGAGCUUUCUGAUGGGAUCGUACGCCGAAACAAAGUUCCGAGCCGAGCAACUGGUUCUUCAGGCGAAUUCCCGUGCAUUGAGGGACGGCGAGGGAACACUCCGCACCUGCGUCUUGCGUCCCACUGUGAUUUUCGGAGAAGAGGAGAAACACUUCAUCUCUAGAAUGACGUCCGUGGGCAAGCUCUACUGGACGGGAACGGUCCCAAAGAUCCAGUUCAUCGACGAGCGAUUCCAGCUGACCUACGCGGGAAAUGCCGCCUACGCGCACAUCCUGGCAAAGGACCGCCUCCGCGAGAGCACUGAGUGCGCGGGGGAAACAUUCUUCAUCACUGACGAUACCCCUCUCGACGAGCUCUACGCGUCGAUAAAACCGUUCGUCGAAGCCCAAGAAAUGAAGUUGAGCGAGUUGAGCCUGCCGUAUGUGGCCGUAGUCUUCGUGCUUUUACUACUGAGCACGCUGGCCAGGAUCAUCCGCCCCAUUUAUCAGGUAGGAGAGCUCUUCCCGACACCAUCGAAAAUAACCGCCGUCUGUAUGUCUGUAUUCUUCAACAGGCAGAAGGCAGCCCUCCGCUUGAAAUACUACCCCUGCUACACCCCGGAAGAAAGCCAAGAGAGAACUAUCAAGUAUUACGAGAGGGUGAAAUCGAAAAGGCAUGAGACUUCAGAUACCUAA